UCUACCUAGAGCAGUGGCAGAGACUGAGUUGCAUGGUGUUGUUUUUUUAGACAGAAAAACAAACAAGAAACAAAAUCACAAGGAGCAAGAACAGGUAGGGUAGAUCGUGAGUUCGUAAAAGACGAUUGAUCAGAAGUGUUCAACGGGGAUGGGCGACGGCGAGGGUUUUGAAGAAUGGGACGACGAUUUCUUGGACCAACUCCUGCAAGUCGAGCAAUUCGCCUUAUCUGCAAACCCUACCCAGCCGCCCCCGCCGCAGGAGGACAUCAGCUUUUCGCCUCCUCGGGAGUUGUCUCAGUGGAACGGAGACGCCGUCCAGAAGGACUUCCAUCGGGCUUCCGGCGUUGUCCCCCAUUCUCCCCCAUCUCGUAAUCCCAAGGAAGAAGAAAUCCAGAGAUUGACGAGAGAGCUAGGUCGUGUUACGAAGGAUCUCACUCGCCUGGAGCAAAAUUGCUUACAACUCCGUAAGGAUAGGGACGAGAAAGAAGAGCAACUUAAAUCUGUAUAUGCACAGAUUGAAGCAAAAGAUGCAGAAGUUCAGUGUAGAAAGAGCAAAAACUUGGAAUACGGAGUUCGUGCUCCUGACAGUCCUGGAAUUUCUAGAGGAUUUCAAAAUGGUAACUCUUCAGACUAUCAGGCUGGCUCUCAGAAUAAUGUAGUUACAUCAACUUCUAAAGCAAUUGGAGUUCAGACAGACAGAUCUGGGGAAUCUGCCCGUUUAUCCAUGGAAACUGGUAUCCAAAGUCCUCAAUAUUGUCGAAACAGGUUACUGGCUAUUUGGGACUCAUCAAGCGGCUGGGGGUCACUGAGAAAUCUGGCUUCAAAAUUGUUGGUGGCUUGUGAAACAGAUUUUCAUGUUCUUUUUCGAUAUUUGGGUUUAUCUUCUGAAGCAACAAUGAAAUCUCUAGCAGACGGAAGAUCUUCUGAAGUGGGUUUGCAGGAAACAACAAAAGUAUCUCAUCUCUAUUCCAUGUUGACUAAGAUUGAUACAGGGAUGAUGAAUUUGGAUGCUUUGUUUGAAGCUUUACUUGAUCUUUGCAGUCUUGAAAAUCCUGUUAUUGUCUAUAGAUCUCUGCGCGUGCUGCGUAUGGCUUUCAGUCAGACAUUUAGUCUGCAACUGAAAUGUUACAGAAGGGAUAAUAUCAUAGUUGAAGGUCCUUCCUCCUGCAAAAACUAUCCAGAUUCUUAUGGACCUGAAAAUGCUGAAAGUGGAAGUCUGUUUUCUUUAGAUGGUGGCAGAGUUUCUCAUUCAGACCUUCUUACAUUUAGAAUGAGUUUGUUUAAAGCAGAUGAUUCAUGCAACAAGAAACAAAAGAACGAUGGAUCUGCAGUGCCAGAAUCUUCUUUAGAUUUGCUUUCAGUUUUUGAAUGGAUGCAUCAAAUAACCAUGAGGAUUACUGAAGAUUGUGCAAGAGCAGAAGCUGUUUCUAUUAUGAAUAUGAUUCUCUCGAGAAGUAAUGCUUACCUGGAUCGGGAGAACUUUGGAAAAGUGCCAGUGUUUCAAAGUAUUUCACAUUUGUUGAGGAAGGAAUCUGGUUUGAGGGUGCAAAAGCAAGCUGUCCAUCUGUUAUACCUGCUUCUAAAUUGUCCAAAACUAAUGGCCAUGUUCUGCAUGGGCUGUAAAGAGGAGUUGGAGGGUGCUGGGGCUUCAAGUACUGAUGUGAAAAAUGCUUUCACUUCUCAAGGGUUCUGUUUUGUUCUUGAUGGAUUGGCAGAUUGUGUAGCUUGUGGCGGAAAUGAUGCACAGGACCUGGAACUUCGAAGGAGUGCAAUUAUUCUGCUUUCUUUCUUAGGGUCUUCAGGGAAACCUGGUUUUGAAAUUCUAUUGGGUCACAGGCUUCCAAAAAGGAACAACUUUGUUGCACUAAUUUUGCAAAUGUUGAUAUUAGAAAUGGAUGCAGAAACAUUGAGCUCUUCCCAGCCACCUGAAAUUUUUAAAAAAAGGACAUUGCUACUUAGGGAGGCACUUAUCCUUUUGAAUCGACUUGUUUCUAAUCCUUCAUACUCCAAUCCCACUUUGCGAGUGUUAACGAAUAGCAGAGAUGUGGCCCACUUGACGGUUGAUGCUGCAAACAGGUUAUCCUGUAGAGGCAAGUGGUUGUGGCAAUCUGACGGCAUGACUAGGCAGAUGAGGGAAUCUGAAAUUGUGGACUUGGCUCAAGUAUUCAGGAAAAGGGUUUUUGCAUUUUUGGGAGAUAGCACAUUGUAGAAUUCUCCACACCGUUACUGAAGCAAUCUUUCUUCUUGAUUCUGAUUGGGAUUAACAGCUUUCUAAAGCUGGAAGCUGAGUAGAGCCAUCCUCAUAAAAAGCUUUGGUUUAUCCUUGACAAGAAGUUAAAAGAGUUUUAAAGAUCAGAGCAUUAAAUGAUAUGAUACUGUAGAAGGCUAGAUUUGGCACCACCAGGCCGGAGCUUAAUCCAGGGCUGUUAAUUUUGCAAUAAAUGAAUUUCUGUAAAGCUUUUCAAAAGAUGACAUUUCCUUUUUGGUCAAUGUCUUUGUUAUAUGGACCUAAUUAUAUGCGAUAGAGGCAAUAGAUAUGCUUGUGUAUUCUCUCCAAAAUGUAAUAUAUGAUGCUAUGUAGUUGACUAAUAUUCUUUAAUGAUAAUUCCUUGGUUUAUGAU